CCGAGUUUGCCCACCAUGAUGUCCUCGACAGCAGAUACGGACCCUUUCAUACAAUUUCAAAAGUACUCACUCCCUCCUCCGUGGCCCGGUUUCCCCUUGCGCAUUGCUAAUAACCCCCAGCGAACUCUCCAACCUCCUCGAAUCAGCCCGAACCUCCUUUAGCAGCUAUCUCCGCAUCCGCGCCCUCCAUGCUCCGACGGCCGCCCCCUCCCCAGAACUCCUCUCUUCGCAGGCAGAACUCAUAACACUGCUAGAUGAAAUAAGCACGGACCUCAGUGACCUUCAUGCAACCGUCCGACAGAUGGAGGCAGACCCGUACAAAUUCGGCCUAGACGUCCCCGAAGUCGUCCGCCGACGACGUUUCGUGGAGGAGGUAGAAGGCGAAGUUGGUGAUAUGCGGGAGGAGUUAAAUACCACCCCAUCUCCGUCCUCGCGGCAGAAUGCAGAGACUACGGCGACGGCGACUAUGGAUGACGGGAGGGAUGAGGAGGGUGGCGGGUGGAGUGGCUACGAGAUGCAGUAUCAACAGGAAAUUAUGCAUGACCAGGAUGAGAUGCUAGAGGGGGUUUCGAGGACCGUGGUCGGCCUGAGGGAGCAGGCGAAUGUCAUGAAUAGGGAGUUGGAGGAGCAGACUGAAAUGCUUGGUGCAAUGGAUGGGGACGUGGAUCGGGUGGAGCAUAAGCUUAAGAAGGGAGUCAGAGAUUUGAACACUUUUAUAAGGAAGAACGAAGGUUAGCCCUCCUUUCUCCGAUGGGAUGGAGGAUUAAAGAGCUGAAAUGGUGUAUAGAUACCGCUAGCAGUUGCUGCAUCGCGACUCUCAUCGUGGUUCUGAUAUUCCUGCUGUUCUUGGUUGUUGUCUUAUAAUGAAGUGUUCCCUAGGAUUGCUGGCGCGGCGUAACGGGUUGUUUUCAUGGUGGCGGGCGGGGAGCUUUUUUAUAGUGUUUUCCCAUAUCGGGAAUACAAAUAAUGGCAGUAAGAUGUAUGAAUAGAUUCCUUUUGUUUAGAUUGGGUAGAAAUGUACGAUAGCCCGGGCGGUACCCAAGAAAGAUAAGUGAAGCCAUAUAAGCCCAUACGGAAUGUCAUUUUACCUCGUUAAAAAUACAAGCCACAACCAUUUCAUCGGA